CCAACAGUAAGCGAUUCUAUUUUUGUCAGAAUUCUCAUAAAUUGUCUGUUUCUUUAAAAUUACAAAAUUUACUUUCCUUUGAUGAAUCUCAGGUCUGCGGACGAGUGGAAAGUAUUUAAUCAGAAUGUCGAUAUGUCCCCUUAAGGUUCAUGGAUUCCUGUACUCUUUGCUCUUACUGGUCGUCUGCCAUAUGGCAAUGUCGUCUUCAAUCUACGACCACCCACGAUUGCCAGUCUCUGUGGUGCCGUUCCAUUACGAUUUGACCUUAAUAACGCAUCUGGAGAGCUUGGCAGGGUCCCGGUACGAGGGCACAGUAAAGAUCUCGAUAUACGUGCAGAGACCUACCGAACAGGUGGUGCUCCAUGUCGGUGACGUUAAGGUGGAAGCGGAUAAAAUCAGCCUGCUCAAGUCUGAGGAUGUGUGGCUGAGAAAGGUGCAGUUCAACACGGAUCGGCAAUAUAUGAUAUUGAAGUUCAAUAGGCGCCUCACGAUGGGCAGAACCUAUAUCGUGAGCAUCCCUUUUGGCCGACGGAUGACAGAGCACAGCACUGACGGUUAUUUCAUCGGCCGCUAUGCAAAUCCAAGGACAUGGCAAAAGAACUUGUACUCGCUGAGCUUCUUCGAGCGGAACUAUAUCAGAAACACUAUGCCCAGCUUCGAUGAGCCCGCCCUUAGGGCAACCUUUAAUGUCACUAUGGGACAUCACAAGCGCUUCCAAAGCUUCAGCAAUAUGAAGGUCCGAGCGAUACUGCCGAACCCGGAACUGCCGGACUAUGUGUGGUCAGUGCACGAGGUGACACCAGCGAUACCCACUUACCUGCUGGCCUUCUCCGUGAACAAUUUCACCUGCAGCUUCAGUCAGUCAGUCAGUUCAAGCCCAAUACAUUUUCGCACCUGCUCGCGGGGCGGCGAUGUGCCCGAGACCUCCUUCGUGGCCCAAGUGGCGCCCCAGUUACUGCAGUUCUUCGAGGAACUGCUUGGGGUACUGCUCCCACUAGACAAGAUUGACCAGCUGGUGGUUGAUAAGAUUCCCUCGCCAUCGAGGGACACCCUGGGCUUAAUCGUCUACCGGAGCAAGGAGAUGCUGCAACUAUACGAGGGUCCGAUGACGCAGGCAAAGAUGCAAGCACUUCAGUUGGCUGCCCACGGAAUCGCUCACAUGUGGUUUGGCAGCAUGAUGAGCAUCGAUUCGUGGUCUGAUCUCUGGCUGAGGGAAGGCCUUAAUGGCUACUUCAAGGCUCUGGGCGUGGAUCACGUACAGCCGGGUGUGGGACGGCGUCUGUUGCUUCGCUACCGUGAGAUGGCCUUCAUGUAUGAGGCGCAGGUUGGUGGCAUGACCCUGGCCCCGCUGGUGCCAAUCGAUCAGAAGGAACUAGAGGGAGCCCUAUUCCAAAAGGGCAGUGCACUGAUAAUCAUGCUGAAUGGCUUCCUGGGCAAUGAGACCUUCUACGACGGCAUCCAGCGGCAUCUCUGGCAGAACUCCUUUGCCGGCACUACGCCCGAUAUCUUCUGGCAUUCGCUACAGUUAGCCCGGGAACGGCAAUCGGACGCUCCGCGCAUCGAGGAGACCCUGAAAAGCGUUAUGGACACGUGGACCCAGCAGAAGGGCUACCCGCUGGUGACGGUCAGCCGAAACGGCACUUCCGUAUCCCUAACGCAGAGCCACGCCUUCAACGAGAGCAGGCCGGAGCGAUGGUGGAUCCCCAUUACCUUUACCGUCCAGGGGAGACCAAAUUUCUUCGAUGUCCGACCCAAGGCCUGGAUGAGUCCUCUCGAGAAGAGCGUUCAAUUAAAGGUCUCGGUGCCGGAGGAUCAGUGGAUCGUCUUUAAUUUGCGUGCCAUGGGCUACUACAGGGUCCUGUAUGACGAUCACACCUGGGAGCUGUUGGCCACCAUUCUCUACGACGACUUCCGUAGAAUCCAUGUCCUGAGCCGAGCGCAAAUCGUCAGUGAUGUCCUUUUCCUGUACAAGCACCAUCGUCUAAGCUGGGGCACUGCCCUCAAUGUUCUCAAAUACAUUAUUGAUGAGGACGAGCAGGAGCCCCUGAUGGCAUUCGUUUUGGGAGUGACUCACGGCUACUGGGGAUUCAAGCCGGAGAAUUCAAUGUUCAUAGCGAAAUGGCUGAGUAUUGCUGGCAAAUGGUACGCAGAGUUCAUCUGCCACACGUUCGACAAAUUCGUGUUCAAGCAGAAUCUGAAUAGCCUCGACUAGAAGCGGGCUGCGAGGAGGGUUCAGUACUCAGGACCGCAGGAUAAUGGCCCGGACCGGCUCCACAACCAGCUCGUUUCGCCUUCGCCGCGAAAGGCAAAAUGAAACCGCCAUCAAUGAACCGCAAUUGUAUUUGUUUGCAAAUAACUGAGCGUUAUCUGAGACUAUUUAUCUUUAUCUGCAACAACAGCAAAGGCGGCUCCGCACAAUGCCAAGGGACAGUGCCACAGCAUCCGGAAGUGGGGCAGGACCUGCUGGGAACCGGGAACUGGGAGCUGGUAACUCACUCCACCUCCACUUGCCAGAGUCAAGGCGCCAACUGAAAUAAUGAUGCAGGCGAAAUAACAAUAAAAGCGGCACUGGAAGAUGCCCGGGCAGAAGUGGAGGACACCAUCGAUGCUCCUUUUCCGCACAAAGGACUAUACCAGACCCCUAAUGCUGCAGCAUUACCAUGGCAAUGCAAUGGACUUUCCUUGCUCAAACAUCGUAUACAAAUCGGUCUUUAAGACCGCUUGUAGCGUGCAACCAUAAAGUUCGUCGGGGUUGGUGAGGAUCUGGGCUGCUGGGGCACGCUUUAUUUUUCCGGCUCUAGCUCGUCGGCUUUGGGGGUGGAGGUCUUGC